AUGACUUUGAAUUCCGAUAUCCUCACGUUGAUAGACCCUGUUGUGGCCAGCUUGAAGCGUCACCAAAUUGAGGGGGACAAGAACUUAGCCCUUGUGAUUUCGCAGCUUUUAAUGAAAGUGAUCUCAGCUGCCCGUUGGACCAAUCCUUAUGAUCUAAUCGACACCAUCAGAGAAGUCGGUACUAUUCUCGAGAAAGCACAACCACGUGAAAUCAUAGCUGGAAACAUAGUGAGAAGAGUGUUGGCCUUGAUCCGAGAUGAAAUUGAAUCUGUGCAUCAAGAUGACUCAACCAACACCCCAAUGAUGUCUUCCAUGUUCAGUUUGUUGUCCACCAACAGUAACAUCAACCACAAGGAGUUGCACAACCAACUGAAAAAGCAAAGCAGUGACUUAAGGUCCAUCAUCAUCCAAGGUAUCCGAGAUUUGGUGGAUGAAAUCUCCAAUGUCGAUGAAGGAAUGGAAACGAUGUCGGUGGAUUUAAUUCACGAUAACGAAAUCUUGUUGACCCCUACCCCUACUUCGUCCACCGUGUUGCAAUUCUUGAUCAAAGCCAGAGCCAAGAGAAAGUUCACCGUUUUGGUCACCGAAAACUAUCCUAAUGAUAUUAAUGAAGCUCAUAAAUUCGUGAAAACUUUGGUGGACAACAAGGUGGAAACCAUUUUGAUACCAGAUUCUACCACCUUUGCUGUCAUGUCAAGAGUUGGUAAGGUCAUCAUUGGCUCUAACGCUGUGUUCGCCAACGGUGGAAGCAUGACCAAUUCCGGGGUAGCAAAUGUUGUCGAGUGUGCUAAGGAAAAUAAAACACCUGUGUUUGCAGUUGCUGGGUUAUAUAAAUUAUCACCAUUAUACCCUUUCAACCGUGAUGAUUUAAUAGAAGUUGGUAACUCCGGUAAGGUUUUGAACUAUGAUGAUUUCGAUUUGAUAGAAAACGUCGAUGUCAUUACCAACCCGUUAGAUGACUACAUUCCGCCUGAACAUAUUGAUAUCUACAUUACCAACAUUGGAGGUUUCUCCCCAUCAUUUAUUUACAGAAUUGUUUUGGACAACUACAAGACUGAAGAUAACAAGCUCGAAUAG